GGACAGGGUGACAGGAUGGUGGGGGACAGCGUGGUGCUGCGCAGCGGGGGGCGGCUGGCGGGCGCUCGCCUGGGCUGCCACGUGCGCGAGGAAGACUUGGGGCGUCGCGAGACCUUCAGCGCCGAGUGGCUGGACCUGGAGCUCAGCACCCGGCCCGAGGAGGGGUGGUGCCGGCGGGAGGUGGACACACAGCACCGGGAGACGCUGGAGCAUCGCGGGGAGACGCGGGUGCUGGAGCAGCGUUCGCCCUGGGGGGUGCUCCGCCUGGGGUGCCUGGGGACCCCGGGGAGCCCCAUCACCCAGCACCUCCUGCCCUACGCCCGCACCCUCCCCCUGCCCCUCUUCGCCCCCCCGGACCUGCGUGGGGCCAAACUCGCCCGCACCCUCUCCCGCUCCCUGUCCCACGAAGCCCAGAGGGGCUGAGGGUGAUGGGGGCCGGGGGGGUUUCAGGGUGGGGGGCAGGAGGAUGAUGCUGGGGGGUGGCUGAGGGGCCCGGACGCCUGGGUCCACUCAGCCGCCCCGAAGAGGCAGCGCAGGAGUGUGGGGGCAGGUGGGGGUGUGGGUCUCGCUCGCAUGGGACCCCCACCCCACGGGGGGUGUCGCGGAGGCCGGAGGGGACAUGGGGGUCCCGGCAGCACUGGGAGUCACUCGAUUUCCCUGGCGAAGAGAAGGGGGCACAAGGAUGGGGAGCGCUGAAACCCCCCCAGGGCCAAACGGGGCCCUGGGGGGGCUGUGGAGGGAUGGGGGGGCUGCGGGGUUGUACAGACGAUGGGCUUUGUACAGCAAUAAAAUGCCCAGCCUGC